AUGGCUUCAAAAGAAAACAAUAGUGAUGAAAUAGUAAAAAAUGACGAAACAAUUACUAUAUCCGAGUUUAUCGAACAACAAAAUUAUUUAGAACGUGAAGCAAGAGAGGUUUUACCAUGGAGUUUUGAUCAGUGCACCUACUCCAAAGGUUACAUUCGUCAGCCUGUAUAUGCUUGUAAAACUUGUAAACCUGCAAAUGAAAAAUUGGAAAAUGGUGGAAUAUGUUAUUCUUGUUCAAUGUCUUGUCAUUACGAUGAUAAAUCUGAUAAAGAGGAAAAAUCAAUUGUAACUGAUAACGAUGAUGCAAUUGACGAUAAUAAACCUGAUGACAGUGAUAAGUUGACAUGCAAACUUGAAAAAUGGAAUAAUGCUGUUGUUAAUGUUAUUAAUGGUGCCGGUGAUAGUCAAUGUAUGAAUAUUUAUAAGCAAUAUAAUAUUGAAUAUAUUCUUCAAGAAGAAGAAACUUACGAACCUCCAAAGGAUGAUGAUGAAUCUCAAACUUCUAUUUUUGAAAGUGGAAUGAAAAUACUAAAUCAAAUGGAUAGAGUAUCUGCUAUUGAAGGAGCGAUUGCAUUUUCUAAACUAAAGUAA